AUGUCUUCAAGUCGCGUCGACAAGAACGGCGUCGGCAUUACCCUCCUUUCCGCCUCCGGGAAGUGGGUUGCUCACGCCCACACUGCACUGGCAUACACCGCGUUCGUCGGAUGCUUACUAACCGCCAUAGCGCUGCAUUACAAGAAGAUUGUCAAGAAUGAGUUUUACGGGUAUCCGGAGGAGUGGUUUCCGUCUGUGAGCGCUACCAUUGGUGACUGGUUCCCGGAGCGGAACUUGUUCCAGGUGUUGAUUGCUGUUACUUCUGGUAGUCCUCGAUUUGCAUUGAUCGGACUGUGGUACCUUCUUACCUCGCACCGCAACACCAAGCUUCCCGCCAUCGUCGCUUGUGUCGGUCUCCUGCGCACCAUCACCUGUGGUGGAUGGGUUUACAUCACCUCUUCCGACAACCAUGACUGGCAUGACAUUUUCAUGAUUUCAUACCUCCUCCUCACCAUCCCAUGGAGCUUCGGUGUCAUGGCCGUCAGCCCCGUCAACCCUCGCGCAAUGAAGCUGAGAAAACGAAUGGCCGCUUGCUUUUACGGUGUCAUCGUGCCUUUGGUCUACUUUUUCAUCCAGCACAAGGUCCACCGCGUUCCAGGAGCUUACACCAUCUACGCCUUCCUCGAAUGGUCCCUCAUCCUCUUCGACGUCGGUUUCGACUCUAUUACCGCCCUUGAUUUCGACACCUUUGAGCUUCGCGUCGUCGACGUUGCUGGAAAAAGUGCAGGGAAACCCGAGACCAAAGGCGCGAGGAGUGCGGAGGUAGAGAAGGUGAAGAAGGAGAAGGGGUAUGUUUAUGCGCAGACGAAUGCGUUCUCGAAGAAUGAGGCGUUGGAUUUCGUUGCGGAUUGCUAUCAUGGGUUUGUCUUCUGGACUACGUUGACUUCGCUUGGUGUCUGUGUCUGGUACUUCCCUCUGUGGAACAUGGGUAUCUCCGGAUACGAAGCCAUGCUCGUCACCACCCUCGCCCCCGUCUUCCUCGGCAUCGGUCCCUUCCGCCGCAUCAUCGCCGCCAACCCCGGCGUUUUCCACCUCCUUUCCCUCAUCGCCAUCGUUUCCUACAGGAUCGAGAACCCCGCUCACCGUCUGAUGUGCGUCGGUGCUGGUGUCGCACUCACGACCAGUACUUGGUGUGCGAUCUUCCAGAGUUUGAGGGGUAAGGAUGGGGAGAUGGAGCGUAUGAGCACUGCGUGGGGUAUCGGGUUGGUUAUGAGUAAUGUUGUCAAGUAUGCUUGUUUCUCAAACAACCCUCUGUGGCCGAUCAUGAACGGUAAGACCGGUGGCUGGAACAAGACCGGUAUCGUGCUCGCCGUGCUGGCUUGCGUCCGCACCAUCGUUCGUCAACGCAGGGUUGGCGAGCAAACCACCGUUCUUGAGGGUAAGAAGAAGCAGGAGAAGACGGGAUCGGUUUUCUUCGCUGCGUGCGGAUUAGCCGGUCUCCUCUUCGCCUUGCAAUCAUUGCUUUCAGACUCGACUACCAUGAUUCUCUGGGUCUGGGAUGGAUUCCCGGUUCGUGGACCUUUGGCUGUGCCUCACGGUGCCGUAACGAUGAUCGCCAUGUCCGUCGGUAUCAUCCUCAGCACCCUCUCCAACGGGUUCGGGCGUAACUGGGUCUUUUACACCAUCGCCUGCAUAUCCACCUUCUUCCUCCACAAAGUCCCAGGAUGGUUCGGAUACUACGGUGCCCUCAUCCUCACCGUAUACCUCAUGUCCCUUAUCCCCGAGUUCUUCCGCAGCGCAGCAACGGUCAACAAACCCGGCCGUACCUUCGGUUUGGCGUGGUUGUUUUACUGUUUGUUCGUGCUCGCGCAUGUCUGGGUCGUCGCGUAUGAGUUCGUGCCUGGAGGUCCGUUGUUGAGGGAGAGAACGGAUUUGGUGUUGACGUUCAUGAUGGGCUUCAUUGGGUUGGGUGUGUAUAACGCCACGACUCUCCAUGGACAAUCGAAGCAGGCGCAGGCUAAGGUGCAGCCAAUGAAGGCGAGUAAUCGGAGUCCCGCGUAUGGCAAGUCAGUCUUGUCCAUCCUAUGUGCCGCCGCGAUCGCAAUCGCAUACCUCCGGUUCCCAACGUACGACUUCAAACCCUACCACCCCGAAGAAAAACUUUUCACAGCAGGUAUCUGGACCAUCCAUUUCGGUCUCGACAACGACAUGUGGGCCUCCGAAAUCCGUAUGCGUGACGCGAUCCGUGAUCUCGAACUCGACGUCAUCGGGCUACUCGAGAGUGAUAACCAACGUAUCAUCAUGGGAAACCGUGAUUUGACACAACGUGUUGCGGAGGAGUUGGGGAUGUACGCUGAUUAUGGACCGGGUCCGAAUAAGCAUACCUGGGGCGCGGCAUUACUGUCUAAAUUCCCCAUCUUGAAUUCGACGCAUCAUCUCCUUCCCUCGCCGAGAGGUGAACUCGCCCCGGCUAUUCACGCCACACUUGAUGUCUACGGAACCUGGGUCGACAUCAUCGUCUCGCAUAACGGACAAGAAGAAAACCCCGAAGACCGAUUCCAACAAACAACAGAAUUAGCCCGAAUCAUGCGCGAAGACAGCGACCGCCCCCUCGUUUUCCUCGGUUACGUCGUAACGAAGCCACACGAAGGCAACUACCCCAUCCUCAUCGACGACGCCCACAUGCACGAUAUCGAACCCGAAGAUUGGGAUAGAUGGUGUGAGUAUGUUGCGUUUAGGGGGGUGAAGAGGGUUGGGUAUGCGCGGGUUUCGAGGGGGACGAUUACGGAUACGGAGAUUCAGACGGGGAAGUUUGUGGUGGUGGAUGCGGAUGCGGAAGGUGGGAUGGAGGCGGUGCCGAGUUAUCGGCGGGUGGGGGAGGGUGAGGUGCCGGAGGGAUAUAGGUAUCCGGGGAUGUUCCGUGGGGAGGGGGUUAGGGGACAUCGGUACCAUGUGUUUGAUGAGCCGUGGUAUUACGACUGA